AUGGGUUCUCCUGAUCGUGAGGGUGCGGUAACUAUUGUUGGUGCUGUAUCUCCUCCUGGUGGUGAUUUCACUGAUCCUGUUACCUCAGCAACUCUAUCUAUUGUACAAGUAUUCUGGGGUCUUGAUAAGAAGUUGGCUCAGAGGAAGCAUUUCCCUUCCAUUAACUGGAAUAUCUCUUUCUCAAAGUAUACUCGUGCCUUGGAGCCCUUCUUCAACAAGUAUGAUAAUGAGUAUUCAUCUUUACAACAAAAGGUUAAAGAGAUUCUUCAGACUGAAGAUGAUCUACAAGAAAUUGUACAAUUGGUUGGUCGUGAUUCACUAUCUGAAGAUCAGAAGUGUACUUUAGAGGUUGCUCGUAUUAUUCGUGAAGAUUUCCUUCAACAGAAUGGUUUCAGUGAUUAUGAUUAUAUGUGCCCUCUAGCUAAGACUAUUGGUAUGAUGAAAUGUAUCUGUCAUUUCUAUGAUGCUGCUCAGAAAUGUUUGUCUGAGAAUCAUGGUGAUAAGGUUAUUGGAUGGUCACAGAUAUCUACUGCUUGCAAGGAUGUUAUCGUCGCUAUUACCAAUAUGAAGUUCGAGAUGCCUCAACAUAGUGAAGAGGAUUUCGCUAACUUCUUUGCUAAUCUUGUUAACCAGAUUGAUACUGCCUUCCAGAAUCUUCUAGAUGAGACUAACAACACCAACUAAUACUAAAGUGUCGUCAUCGCCUCCCAUCUUACCACUGUUGUUGUGGUUGUUGCACCAUUAGAUCCUAAUAGUGUUAGCAGCAGUCUCUGAUAAUGCACGUGGCUACAGAAGCAGCAGCAGAAUGCAUAUCUGAUAUCCUCACUUGAUUAUCGCUACUACUACUACUCCCACUGCCAUUGCCACUGCUACUAUCGGUGAUGACUGUUAUUACGAUUCUACUCCGUUGUCUAUGUAGGUAGCAGAUUUAUGCUUAUUGUACUACUUCCUACUACUGGACACGACAA